AAGAGGAUCAGAGGGAGCUUUACAAAAAAAAAAAAGAUUAAAAAAAAUCGUGGGUCAAGACUGAGGACAAAAAAAAAAAUUUGAGUUCAAGUAUUUAUUUGCUGUUAUUACACCAGAAUAGACCUAGCAUCUCAUGGAUCAGCAUCAGAAAAGCAAUGAGGCCAUCGUUGACCUCCCCAUGACAGACAAGAUCUGCAUUCGCGACCUUACUGUCCGGAACAUUAUCGGAGUCGAUGCCUGGGAACGCUCUAAGCGCCAACCUAUCAUCAUUAACAUCGUCGUUUACACCAGUGUAUCACAGGCUGGAGAUACAGAUCACUUGCCCUACUCAAUUCACUAUGGUGUUCUCUGCAAGACGGUGGAGGCGCAUUCCGAAAAGACCGAGUUCCGCUCUGUCGAAGCCUUGGCAGACUCAAUUGCCCGCGUCGUUAUCACUAAAUGUCACGCACCUAAACUCACGAUUCGGAUUGAUAAGCCUCGCGCUUUGUUGCAUGCAGCCUCUGCAGGUGUUGAAAUCACUCGAUCCCGCUCAGAUUACACAGAGGAGCAGCUUGCUGGGACAGCCAUUAGUCCUCUCCGAUUUAAUCAUGAGGACAUUAUCUUUGUCAAGGAUUUAAAGUUGUCCUGUAUUAUCGGCGUGAACCCUUGGGAACGUGAAGAGGAGCAAGUCGUCGUGGUGAAUUUGAAGAUUUAUCCAGGAUUCGACGAUACCUCGGAUCGUAAGGCAGAUUAUGUCUCAAAGACACACAACUACCGUACAAUUGUGAGAACGAUCACAAAAUACAUUGAGGCUUCUGCUUAUAAGACCGUAGAGGCCUUCGUGACUUCUGUGGCCAGGAUUGCGAUUGAGAAGUGCCAUGUGAGUAAGAUCACAGUCAAGGUGGAGAAACCCAGUGCAAUCGUGUUUGCUGGUUCCGCAGGUGUGGAAAUUACACGCGAUCGCGCCUUCUUUGCCAAUGCAUCCCAGGCAGCGAGGACUCAUGCAAGACGUGCUUCCCAUACCUCAGCCAUCCCUGGUUUAGCUACAUUGGGUGUAGGCCUCAAGGUUGAGGCCCGUGGACCUGUUCCGGCUCAUCUAACUCAUGUAGUCUACCUGGCUUUGGGAUCCAAUUUGGGAGAUUCCGCAGCUAAUUUGACAAAUGCACUUCGAAAACUAGAGCAAGGUGAACAUGUGCGUGUUGUGGAUACCUCGUUCUUGUAUGAGACUCCACCUAUGUAUGUGACAGAUCAACCAUCGUUCUUGAACGCAGCUUGUAAGAUUAUGACGGAUUUGAAGCCGUUGGAUCUAUUGAAGAAGAUCAAGGAGAUCGAGACGGAGAUGGGUCGAGACUUUAACACGAUUCGAAAUGGACCUCGUCCAGUCGAUAUUGAUAUCUUGUUGUAUGACCAUAUUGAGUAUCAUGAUGAUGUCUUGACCAUCCCUCAUGCGGCCAUGCAGGAGCGCGAGUUUGUACUUCGACCACUUUGCGACAUUGCCAAGGAUGUGGAACAUCCCAAAUUGUAUCGCCAUAUCAAUCAACUGUUGUCACAGUUGCUACUCAAGCAACAAGAGAACAAGUCUGCUAUUACCAAGAGCGAUAUCAUCCAUAAAUCAAUUCCUUUGCGUGGGAAUAUUGUACAUUGGGAUGCAAAGACGCUGAUUAUGGGUAUUUUAAAUACAACUCCAGAUAGCUUCAGUGAUGGUGGCAACUACAGCACCCCUGAAGCAGCAGCUCUUCGUGCACAGCAGCUAGUAGACGAUGGUGCAGAUAUCAUUGAUAUCGGUGGAAUGUCGACUCGUCCAAAUGCUCCAGAAAUUUCAGAAGAAGAAGAGAUUGAACGAGUAGUUCCUGUGAUCUUACUGCUUCGUUCCCGCGGAUUCAAGACACCUAUCUCUGUGGAUACAUUCCGAGCUAGUGUAGCCGACAAGGCGAUCGAGGCUGGAGCAGAUUUAAUUAACGAUGUCUCUGCAGGUCGUCGAGAUCCCAUGAUGUACAGCGUGAUGGCCAAAUGGCAGGUACCAGUAUGCCUGAUGCAUAUGCGUGGGGACUCCAAGACCAUGAUGUCUCAGACAGAUUAUGGGGAAAAGAAUGAUGUGGUAGGAGAGAUCUCUCGAGAAUUGAACAAGUCGAUCGAGGGAGCGAUUGCAGCAGGCCUCCAUCGUUGGAAUAUCAUUGUGGACCCUGGUAUUGGAUUUGCAAAAGAUAGUGAUCAAAACUUGCAGGUGUUGCGUCGUUUACCUGAGAUGAUCCAAGAUCCUUCAAGCCCUUUGGCAGGCUAUCCUUGCUUAGUUGGACCCUCCCGAAAGGCCUUUAUUGGACACUUGACACAACAGAAAGACGCAACGAAGCGUACAUAUGGCACUGCAGCCGCUUGCACAGCAUCUGUAGCUGGCGGUGCCAGUAUCGUUCGAGUACAUGAUGUCAAGGAGAUUCGAGAUGUGAUCAAAGUCUCAGAUGCCAUUUGGCGCGCGUAGGCGUGAGGAAAAGGCGGAAGGAAGUCAUGCUGGACUUGAGAACAAGCGGGCUGUGACAGGUAGAUUUGUUCAUUUAGUCAGACAAUUUACGCGAUAUGAUUAGUGAAAUAUAAGGAUUGGCAUAAUCUCAUAUGACAUAGAAAUGUGAAGCGCAGAC